CGCGCAGCGGAUACCGACCUCUUGCAGCACCUUAAAUUCAAAAAAGAGAACCAGCUGCUGUUGAUCGGCAGCAGCGAUGCAGAUCUUCUUGCUGCUGCCGCUGCUCAUGCGGCUGCUAUGUCUCUUACCGAUUCUGUUGUCGACGACUUCGCAGGCACAGCAGCAGCACCAACAGCAGAUGGUGAUGAACUGCGUACGCCGCUGCAUCUGCAGCGUCUCGAAAAAGCCGUCGCUGCCACCCAUGUGCAACUGCUGCAUCCUCCACGUGAAGGGAAGAAGCUGCUGGUUCUCGACCUCGACUAUACUCUCUUUGAUUGCAAAACUCUUGCUGGCAGCAUGGACGACUUGAAACGCCCCUUUCUCAACGAGUUCAUGGAG